AUGGAGUUCAUUAAAGUGGAGAUCGUGGAUCUGACUGAUCUGGAGCCGGUCGAAACCCAGGAACACACAGAGAAGGAUUCGAGACGAAGCACGGGAGCCAAGAAGUCCUUCUCCUGCCCACACUGCGGAGAGAGCUACAAGCGUGAAGGAGACCUGAAGGAUCACCUGCUGAUUCACAGCGUGAGACCGUACACCUGUCUGCAGUGUGGCAAGAGCUACACACAGAAGAUCAACCUCCAGAAUCACCUGCUGAUUCACAACGGACAGAAGCCCUUCAGCUGCCAGCAGUGCGGCAGGAGCUUCACACACAAGGGAGACCUGAAGAAACACAUCAUCGUUAACUUCGGAGAGCGGCCCUUCACCUGCCAGCAGUGCGGGAAUAACUUCAGACACCAGGGGAACCUCACCAGUCACAUGAAGAUUCACACCGGAGAGAAAUCACAGCGCAAUUACAGGAAACUCACGCAGGUGUGCAAUUACAAAACACCGGUGCUGUGUCCCGCCGGAGACAUGCCCUUCAGAUGUGAGCCAUGCGGCCAGAGAUUCAUUCUGUCCUCGCACCUGAAGAGACACCAGAAGUGGCACUCGCAUUAG